GUCUCGUUUUGGUGUAUGUGUGCUGUGGGGAAUGUAAAUAAAAAUUGUUACUAGAAUCUAGAUUGGUAUUACAUUAUGCGAUUGUGAUUAUGCAUCACAAUCGCAUAGAUACUAUGGCUGCCUCACAAAAAUUUUGCCUGAAGUGGAACAACUUCCAGAACAGUGUAACCUCAGUGUUUGACAGCCUGCGGCAAGAUGAAGAACUGGUGGACAUAACGUUGUGCUGUGAGGGGAGAAAGAUAAAGGCACACAGGAUGAUGCUGUCAGCAUGCAGUCCUUAUUUCAGGGAUCUCUUCAAGGACAAUCCAUGCCAACACCCCCUGUUCUUCUUGAAGGACACUUCAUAUGUAGACAUUGCAGCUGUGAUAGAGUUUGUGUACAAAGGAGAAGUCAAUGUGCUUCAAAGUCAGUUGGCAAGUUUCCUGAAGACAGCAGAGCUGCUCCAGGUCAAAGGACUCUCAGGGGAUGAAGAGGAAGACCAGGCACCCAGGUCUCAGCCGCCGGACCGGUCCCGCUUACCGUCCGGCCCGCCGCCGCCGCCGCCGCCGGUGCGCCAGCGUCCCCGCGAGUCGGCCGAGCCGCCCGCCUCGCCGCGGCUCAAGCGGCGCCGGCUCUCGGGCUCCUCGGGCAGCCGGCCGGGCUCUCCGUCAGCGGUGAGCGCCGCCCCGCCGCCGCCAGCAGCCGCCGCGGGGCCGCGCGACCCGGCCGCGGACGUGAUGGCCGGACCGCCGGGCGCCGCCCUACCGCCGCCGCCACCGCCGCCCGUGUCGGGCGCGGAUUUGGCGGAGCCGCCCCCGCCGCAGCACGAGCCUCCGCCGCCGCCCCAGCCGGCUGCCGGCCGACAGGACUAUGGCAUCAAAGUGGAGAAAAUAGACAUUGCGGACGAUGACGAUGACGUUAGUUUAGAGGCCACGCUGGGUCAGGUGUCGACGUUUGAGGCGUCCCAGUUCGAUGGGUCAGACCACUCGGCGAGCUCCCACGAUAUGAGCGGGCUUCUCUCCGGACUUUCCGACAGAGUCGGCGACGUGUUAGCUCCGUCGGCGUCGGCAGAGGACGGCUCAGCACAAGGUCACGUCAUGGCCGGGCUGCGCUGCUCAGUCUGCCAGAAGACUUUCAAGAGUCGCGACUCGCUGCGUCACCACCGGGCGCUGCACGAGGGUCGGACGGUCUGUGUCCCUUGUGGCAGGGCGUUCAGCACUCUUUCCAAUCUGUCGGAGCAUCGACGCACUUUCCACGGAAUGAGGAGACCCGGCCCGGCGCCGCCGUCUUAGUAAUCGGACUAGACAUGUGAUGGAGGAGCUUGCAAUGUCUUCAUCUGAUCAGCACUGUAUUGUUCGGAACUCCAACUCCUGCGACCCCACUGGAUUAGCUGCCAGCAUGUUUUUUUUUCUUGAAGAUAUUUACACCGCCUGCAGUUUGGUUGCAAACGGCCUUUGGCUGGACUUCCAAACAGCUCAGUAUGCCAAUCGAAGGGUAUUCAAAUGUUCGGGACGAAUUACGCGUUUAAAUCACUCCGGUGAAGCGAUUCUGGUAGGGAUAAAGAUUAUGAUUCAGAUGAUUUAGACGUGAUGGAGCUGGGAAGGACCACAGCGGAAUGAAGAACGUUCAAUGCCGUUGUGAUUUUGUGCUUUGGCUAACGAAUAUGUUGAGGCAUGGGCGCAGUAAUUGUGGAGUAUGGAAAUGUGAGAAUCGGUAUAGGUGUAAGCCACCCUGCGCGAUUUGUGCAGGAGAACCUUUAACAGCCCAGAAUGUGUUUUGUAAUUAGGACUGUAGCGCCAUUUGUAAAAGACCGGUUUGGGACGCUCGUCAGCAAUGGCUUUAAUAAAAAGCGUUGAAAAGUCUACUGUCUGUCAGUCUGUCUAUUGUCUACUAAUUACAUCGAAGAAACAAAUUGUUAAUCCUUAAUUUGCUAUAUGUCAGCCUCUCGAAUAGAUAAGACCGCCUCUUACGGGUCAUCUUAUUACAUAAACGAGUGCGUGUUCUUCGCACAUAUCUGCAACAUUUGUAGCCCAUAUCAGCCGUGGAGACGAGGCACAGCUCCACUAUCAGGCUGCGGUUGUUGCAGCGACAGCGCCACUGUCGACACCUCGCCAGUAGUGUUAUUGCUCUCAGUGACGUGCGCUACCGUCCUGGCGCAGACUACUGCUAGCAUGAUCGAUGGGUAUCGUAGAGUUCAGCAUUUCGGACGUUCGGGUGGUAUGAGGCGCUUCGGAUUCCCUUCGGCCCUCAUGCCAAUCCAUAAGCGGUAGUCAA